AUGGCUUUUAAAUUCUUUGCUCUAUAUGCUGUUUUCGCCGUUGCCACCGCUCAGCAUUAUGACUCGAAUUACUACCAGCAGCCACAAUAUAACGCUCAGCCUGCCUUGCUGAAGUCCGUCCAGCCACAUCUGGUGAAAACAAUCCAACCAACUUUGAUUAAGUCAAUUCAGCCAACUUUGGUAAAGUCUGUGAAACACGUCGAAUAUCCAGAUACACCAGCCCAAUAUCAGUUCGCCUAUGAAGUGCACGAUGAUCACACCGGAGAUAUUAAAAGUCACCACGAGGAACGCCAUGGUGACAAUGUCAAGGGAUACUACACUCUGAUUGAUGCCGAUGGACAUCGUCGUAUUGUUGAGUACAGCGUUGAUGGACACAGUGGAUUUAACGCAGUUGUCCGCCGCGAGCCUCUGGAGGGACACAAGAUUGUGAAGGCGGUGGCUCCCGUCGCCAAGAUUGUUGCUCCAGUUCAUCAUUACCAACCAGCUCCAGCCCAGGUUCACAUCCAACAAGCUCCAAUUCAUCGUUAUCAAUCGGCUCCAGUCCAACUGCACUAUCAACCGACGCCAGUUCAACAUUAUCAGCCAGCUCCUGUUAAGCUCAUCAGUGCCCCAGUUACUAAGGUUGCCCUCCCAGCCGUUGCGAAAGUGGCUUAUGACCCACACCAUGGAGCCGUAAAUCAUGUUCAGUUCAGUGGACUCUCAUCGAACUACCAGUAUUAA